AUGCUCGGGUUGGAAUGCGACAUAAGGUUACCGAUCUUCCCCCCCGAGAAUACCGUGAUCAUUGUGAAGAUGCUCAUUGUCUACCAAAUUGUGUACUACAAUGCUAUGGUACUGGCCAAGUUUACCUAUCUUUUCUUCUAUUUGCGAAUCUUCGUCUCAAAGGAAUUUCGGAUCCUUACGUGGAUCUGCAUGGGUUGUGCCGCGGCAUAUUGGACUGGAAGUAUACUCCAGAUCUUCUUGAUCUGCAGGCCCUUUGCCAAAAACUGGAAUCCUCUCCUACCCGGCCACUGUGCAAGUCAGAACGUGGCAUUCUCGACAAUCGGGGCGUUCAAUCUUGUCACCGAUAUCAUGAUUAUGUUACUGCCGAUCCGUUUCAUUUGGAAAUUGCAAAUGUCCUUCGGGACCAAGAUGGCACUGUACGGAAUAUUUGGACUCGGAAUAUUCAUUUCUUCAAUCACGAUCAUCCGCAUUCACGUCCUCACAACCGUCGACUUUCAAGAUCUAUCUUAUUCAAUGAUUUGGGCCGCUUUUUGGAGUGUGACCGAGCCCGCAUUGGCAAUUUCUAAUUCUUGUGCGCCUAUGCUACGACCUAUUCUCAAGGUUGUCUUUCCGAACCUGUUCGCCAGCGCUAAAGCCGAAUAUACUACUCAGCCCAUAUCUGGGCCUAAGUCAAGUAAGAAUCGGACGGCCGAGCGGAUGGAUGAAAUGGACAGUGAGUUUCCCCUGACACGUAUUCAAGGGCAACUGGGAUCUGGAUACGAGGGCUCCUUAAACGAUCAAUCUCAAGAUGGUCGUUCGCAGGAUAGACCAUGCCAGACACCACUGAGUGUUGGGGGAGACCUCAAGAGACACUCACAGCAUAGCACCCUAUGA